CCGAGGGUCAUCGCCCCGUCGCUCCGUGUGGAGUCCAGGUCAUCGACCAGCACCGGGCGAGGCUCGGCGUGGUUCGAUCCAAGCGCGGGAGGACGCACGCACGGCUCCCUCGACUCGGUUUCCGGGCGGGAAAAACAGGAUCUCUCACGCACACACGGGAGAGGUCUGCGUCGGAAUUUUGUUAAUUGUCGACGGGGGAUCGGGGCGCGAGGGUUCGCUGGCGCGUCUCGGUUGAUAGCGGCGCGCGUUCGGGCGAGGUGUGAUCUAGUGUUAAAUCGUCGAUCAUGGCGCAGCGCAUAGGCAAGGCGAUCCGCCGCGACGCCGUGGUGUCCAAGGCGAGGGUGUACACCGACGUCAACGUGAAUCGCCCUCGGGAGUACUGGGACUACGAGUCCCUGACGGUCAACUGGGGGGAGCAGGACGACUACGAGGUGGUGCGCAAGGUGGGUAGGGGCAAGUACUCCGAGGUGUUUGAGGGCGUGCACUCGGGCAACAACGAGAAGUGCGUGAUCAAGAUCCUCAAGCCCGUGAAGAAGAAGAAGAUCAAGCGCGAGAUCAAGAUCCUUCAGAACCUCACGGGCGGACCGAACAUCAUCAAGCUCCUCGACAUCGUGCGCGAGCCCCAGAGCAAGACGCCGUCGCUCAUCUUCGAGUACGUCAACAACACCGACUUCAAGGUGCUGUACCCGCAGCUCACCGACUUUGACGUCCGCUACUACAUCCUCGAGCUCCUCAAGGCGCUCGACUUUUGCCACUCGCAGGGCAUCAUGCACCGCGACGUCAAGCCCCACAACGUCAUGAUCGACCACGAGAAGCGCCAACUCCGCCUCAUCGACUGGGGCCUCGCGGAGUUUUACCACCCGGCGAAGGAGUACAACGUGCGCGUCGCGUCCAGGUACUUUAAGGGUCCCGAGCUGUUGGUCGACCUCCAGGAUUACGAUUACGCGCUGGACAUGUGGUCGCUGGGUUGCAUGUUCGCGGGCAUGAUCUUCCGCAAGGAGCCCUUCUUCAACGGGCACGACAACUACGAUCAACUGGUGCGAAUCGCCAAGGUUCUCGGCACCGACGAGCUCUACGCCUACCUCUCCAAGUACCGCAUCGAGCUGGACCCGCACCUCGAGAGCCUCAUCGGCAGGCACAGCCGCAAGCCCUGGAGCAAGUUCGUCAACGCGGAUAACCAGCACCUCGUGAGCUCGGAGGCGAUCGAUUUCCUGGAUAAGCUGCUGCGGUACGAUCACCAGGAGCGGCUGACGUCCAAGGAGGCGCAGGAUGAGCCGUACUUUCUCCCGGUGAAGCAGGCGGCGGCUGAGGGCAAGGGCAAGUGA